CCCUUGCAGCAGGUAGCACUUCCAUUAAAUUGGAUGCGUACCUGUGAUCCUGAACGGUCCUGAUUUCGAGUAUUUAAGGGACUGCGAAAAUGUUUCAUUUAUUCAGUUGUUGUUUGAUACUCGAUCAGGAUGAAGUUCAUCGCGUUAUUCUUGCUGUGCAGCCUGACUGUUGGUCUGGUCUUGGCGUUUCCUGACAAUCAUAUUGCAGUUGCUGAUGUGUCAGCUGGUGGCAUGCAUGUUGAUGCAAUUUCCGACCGUGGAACAGGAGAUGCCGCCUCAACAUCGCAAAUUGCUCGGCUACGUCAGUCUCGUCAUCUUCUGAAGAAACUUUUCAAUCCCGAGCCAGAGGUGAUAGUACAACCGAUUAUCGUGCAACCCCAGCAACCACAGCCGUUUUUUCCUGCUUUUAAUCCCUAUGUUGGUACUGGUCGAGGCUUUGGGUACGGUAGUUUUCCUUAUAAUCGACCCGUUGGUUAUUGAUUG